CAGCAAAACACAUGAUCUGCUAGGUAUGUCCAGGUCGUUCCUUGUCCCUGCUGGCCAGUCUGCAAAGAGCCUGGCAAAUCCGCGAUGUUAUAAAAAAAAUCUUUUUAUCGCUGCCGCCCGAUGCUGCAAAGUCUGGCGCGUCGUUUGAUUCCCUGCGAUCGCAUCCCCGCGUUGUUGCUGUUGUUGAGCGUCGUCGCGAUACGAAGCACCAGCGCUCUUACACUCACUCACUCACCCUGCUUCACUUACACGCCGUCUUACAUGAGAGCCAACCGACAUAUCAUCGCAGAUCCUCGUUCUGUGUGAUGAAGCGACGCUCAAGUUUGAUGACCUUUGGCGAUGCUUUCAGAAAUUGCGCAAAUUUGCCACCUCCGCUUUUUGCUGCAAAAAUCUUGAUUGCGCCGUCCAAGAAGUGAUUGCAGCCAGCAGCAGUUGAGAUCACCGUGACAUCGCCUUCCCUAAACUCCCAUUUGCAUACAAGGCAAUCACAUUUUUCUGUGUUGGCACUUGCUACACAGUUAAUCACGUAUCCUGUUCCGAGCAUUGUAUCUAACAUUUGGCCAUCUCCAGAUCAUCGUGAACAAGGUUUUACAACUUCACACUCAUCACAGCGAUUGACAACAGUCGCCGCUUUUGUACAUCACAUCACAUAAUGUCCGACAGUCUUUUGGAGGACCACCCCGAUCUCAGCGCUCUUACCGGGUCUCCCAACCAAAAGCGCAAGCGUGAGCUCGAGAGCCCCGGCUCGCAGCGUAAGAGAAUGGCCGCCGACAUGUCUGCCGACACGGCCGCCUUUAUUGAGAGUGCCAUUGAGGCAACCAAUGCCGCCGCACACAACGGCGUCAACGUUGCCGACUUCAAUGCUCUGCAGCAGGCGACACAGGACCACACUGAUGCCUCGGACAAUGCUACGAGCACUGCACAGGCCGCGUUGGGAAUGUACCCUACUCUGCAUGUCCCGCCUACGACAGAGGAGCAGUUUGCCGCGCAGGCCGCCGCAGAUGGCGAGCACCACGAGCAUGCAUUCAACCCAGAUGUGACGCAGGAUGGUCUCCUGGACCACACACACCUGCAGCAGGCGCAAAAUGGGCUGGCCCAGCAGCACCGCUACUCCACAUCAUCGGCAUCACAGAGCGGCCCCAAGCCGCCCGUUGGCUCUGAUGAGUGGCACAAGAUCCGCAAGGACAACCACAAGGAAGUCGAGCGCCGUCGCCGCGAGACCAUCAACGAGGGCAUCAACGAGCUGUCCAAGAUUGUGCCUGGCUGCGAGAAGAACAAGGGAUCCAUCUUGCAGCGUGCCGUCAGCUUCAUCUCGCAGCUCAAGGAGAACGAGCAGCAAAACAUUGAAAAGUGGACGCUUGAGAAGCUGCUGACCGAGCAAGCCAUAACAGAGCUGAGCCAGUCCAACGACAAGCUCAAGCAGGAGUGCGAGCGUCUCUACCGCGAGCUCGAGACAUGGAAGCGAGUCGCCCAGAACGCUGGUCUCGAGCCCCCGCAGCCCAAGGACGAAACCGGUGCGUCGGCCUAGAUUGUCUGGCCCUUGUCGGAGGACGAGGAGUAUGGACGAGCAACAGCAGCAACAGCAGCAGCUAUCGGUGAACCUCGGACGACCUGAUGAUGCACGCACGACCAUCCAUCAACGAUAACCUCCCAAACCGCAACGGAUGGCACGCAUCGUUCCAUUACCGCUGCCACUUCUUUCUACUAUUCCCUGCCCGUUGGCCGUCGGCGUUGCGUCCGGGAAUGGCCUGGAUGAUGGGGCCGACGGGUGAGCUCGGGCGGGCGCUUAGAGUGGUCCAUGAUCCUCCGCCCUAUCACCACACCGCGUGGCGUCCAUGCGCAACGUUAGGUUUUUUCGAAUGCCGCUUCUCUCUCUGCCUCAGCCUGAUCAGCCGAUGCGGCUGCACGUACUAAUCGUUUGCCUUGUGUUUUCUUUUUUUCUGUUAUCGGUUCAGGUCGUUUCGGCGUUUCUCGGGAAGAUGGUUCGUUGGAGGAACAGACGAUGAUGAUUGGGUCUCUUUUUUUUUUUACUCUACUUUCUCUUCGGUUCACAUUCGUAGUUUGUGACCCGCAAAUAUACAAACCAAUAAGCCAAGUCGCCGCUCUUCAUCAUCUGUAUCUUGUGUGCCCCAUGCCAAGGUCCAUUCAUUGUGUCACUUUCUGCUCGUCUUCCCGUGCCAUUGUCUGUGAAGCGGGACGAGGACGACCCUGCAUAACGUAGACUGCAUGCCUGCAUCAUGGCAUCGCUGUUGGCGCUAAAAUAUUUUGCUCGGCAAGCCGAACGACUCGGCGCAGCGGGAGAUGUGCCUAGCCCACCCGCGCUAUCGUUUUCUUUGUCGUUCAUUGACACCCCGGU